GUGAUCAAUCUCUGUCAACCACGACCGUCAGAGAGAAUAGCGAUUCUCGGCGGAAAAGUUUCUCCUCAAGAAUAGUGCAAGUGAGGUGCCGCAGAACAGACACAAAAUGGAAAUCCGGAAGCUGAUAGAACUGCUCAGGGCGACCAUCGAUCCCAGUCAACGACAACAGGCCGAGGCUGAGUUGGACAAGAUACACAAAAUCAUCGGAUUCGCCCCGAGCCUUCUCCAAAUCAUCAUGAUGGGUGAAUGUGACAUGCCUGUGAGACAAGCAGGUGCAAUCUACUUAAAAAAUCUGAUAUCACAGAGCUGGCAAGACAGAGAACCGGAGCCUGGGGAGGCGCAAGUGUUUGCACUCCAUGAACAAGACAGAGCCCUUAUUAGGGAGCAGAUUGUUGAUGCUGUAGUGCAUGCUCCUGAUCUGAUAAGGACUCAACUUUGCACUUGUGUUAAUAAUAUGGUCAAGCAUGAUUUCCCUGGUAGAUGGACACAAAUUGUUGAUAAGAUCAGUGUAUAUUUAUCAAACCCGGAGCCGUCGGGCUGGCACGGUGCGUUACUGUGCCUGUAUCAGUUGGUCAAGAAUUUUGAAUACAAGAAGGCCGACGAGAGAGGUCCUUUACAUGAGGCAAUGAAUUUACUCCUGCCUCAGCUGUACCAGCUCGAAAUACGGCUACUGCCUGAUCCUUCGGAGCAGUCCGUACUGCUCCAGAAGGAGGGCCUUAAGGUUUAUUUCGCCCUCACUCAGUACAUCCUCCCCAUGGAUUUAAUCAACAAAGAAACUUUUGCACAAUGGAUGGAGAUAUGCAGACAGGUUGUGGAGCGUGGCGUUCCUCCGGCGGCCCUGCAGCCCGAUGAAGACGAGAGACCUGAACUGUCAUGGUGGAAAUGCAAAAAGUGGGCGCUGCACAUCGUGUUCCGUAUGUUCGAGCGUUACGGAUCGCCUGGCCACGUGACUAAGGAGUACAACGAAUUCGCCGAAUGGUAUCUGGUGACGUUCAGCGGCGGACUGCUUGAAGUGCUGCUCCGUCUGUUGGACGCGUACAGAGGCGGUCAAUGGACGCCGCCUCGCGUCCUACAGCAGACGCUGAAUUAUUUAAACCAGGCGGUCUCUCACGCGCACACAUGGAGGAUUUUGAAACCACACAUGCCGCACAUCGUACAAGAUGUGCUGUUCCCACUGAUGAGCUACUCCGCCGAGGAUCACGAAUUGUGGACGGUCGACCCAUACGAGUAUAUACGCGUCAAGUUUGAUGUUUUCGAGGACUUCGUGUCCCCAGUGUCGGCCGCCCAGACACUGCUUCACUCGGCUUGCCGCAAGCGCAAGGAGAUGUUGCAAAAGACCAUGAUAUUCCUCACUCAAGUCCUAACCAAUCCGGCUACUGAGCCGCCGCAGAAGGACGGCGCUCUCCACAUGGUCGGCUCACUGGCCGACAUCCUAUUAAAGAAAAAACUCUACAAGGAUCAAUUGGAUCAGCUCUUCACUAAGUACGUAUUUCCCGAGUUCCAGAGCGAACGUGGGCACAUGCGUGCUCGCGCCUGCUGGGUGCUGCAUUACUUCGCCGAGUUCCCCUUCAAGCAGGAGAACGUGCUGCUGGACGCCAUCAACCUCACCGUGCACGCGCUCAGAUACGACAAGGAGUUGCCGGUGAAGGUGGAAGCUGCCAUCGCGCUUCAAUCGUUGCUCAACUACCAAGAACGUUGUCACAAAUACAUUGAGCCCCAAGUCAAAGAAGUCGCCCUCGAGUUGCUGACCAUCAUUCGUGAAACGGAAAACGAGGACGUCACCGGCGUCAUGCAGAAGUUGGUCUGCGUUUUCACUCAGCAGCUGGCCCCGAUCGCCGUAGAGAUUUGCCAGCACCUCGCCACCACAUUCGUACAGGUGUUGGACACCGACGAGGGAUCCGACGAGAAGGCGAUCACUGCGAUGGGUCUGCUGAACACCAUCGAAACGGUGCUAACGGUGAUGGAUGAGCAGCCGGAGGUGAUUCGAGUGCUGGAGCCCAUUGUAUUGCAGGUCAUCGCUCACGUGCUUCAGAACGAAAUACAGGAGUUCUACGAGGAAGUGCUGGAGCUCAUUUAUGACCUGACUAGCAAGUCCAUUUCACCAGACAUGUGGAAAGUUUUUGAGCUGUUAUAUCAAGUCUUUAUGAAGAACGGUCUGGAUCAUUUCACGGAUAUGAUGCCCGCACUUCACAAUUACAUAACGGUGGAUACUGAAGCGUUCUUGUCAGUUGAACAACGACUAUUGGCAAUAUACAAUAUGGCCAAAGAGGUGUUGAGCAAGGACUGCGGCGAAGACCCAGAGUCUCAUGCUGCUAAACUGUUGGAAAUCGUGCUGCUGCAAUGCAAAAACAAGAUCGAUCAGGCGGCGCCAAUGCUGGUGGAAUUGGCUGCCAGUCGAUUGCUCCGCAAAGUGAAUACAAGCGAGUUACGCACGAUGUGCCUGCAAGUGUUGAUCGCAGCUCUCUACUACGAUCCGAAGCUGCUCUUCUCCGUAAUGGAGAAGAUGCCCGACUUCACGAAUCAUUUCAUCAAGCAGUGGCUGCACGACGCCGACUGUUUCCUAGGCGUGCACGACAGGAAGCUCUGCGUGUUGGGUCUUUGCACUUUGAUCACCAUGCCGACAAAACCUGCGGCCCUAAUUGAGAUGGCGCCAAAGGUUGUGCCUAGUUUGAUAUUGUUGUUCGAAGGCUUGAAGCGUGCGUACGCAGCGAAAGCGCUGGAGGCGGCGGAGGAAGAGGAAACCGACGAAUCUGAUGGGGGCGACGACCUGGGCGCCGCCGGUGAUCUACUUAGCUCCGAUGAGGACGAAAUCGACGACCAGGGUCAGGACUACCUAGAAGCUUUGUCGCGGCGCGCGGUCAAUCAGACGCAGAACAGCGCGAUGCCGGUGAGUGCUGCAUUCAACGACAUCGACGCUGACGCGUCCGACGACUCGGAUUCGGAGUACGAUCCGAGUGAAGAGACGGUGCUCGAGGCCUAUACGACGCCUUUAGACGACGAAGACUGCGACGUUGAUGAGUACCUUGCAUUCAAGCAUGUGAUGCAACACAUCCAAACAUCAGAGCCUGAGUGGUACAAGGCGCUUACUUCCAACUUGAAUGAGGCACAGGUCAAGUCAUUGGGUGAAAUUGUUGUAUUGGCUGACCAGAGGGCUGCUGCCAAGGAGAGCAAACGAAUUCAACAACAGGGUGGAUACAUGUUCACACAACAGGCGGUUCCGACAACUUUCAAAUUUGGAGACGGCAAUUCAUGAAUGUUUAGUGUAAAUUAUUGUGACUGAUUGUAAAAUUAUAGACUCUUCAAUUUGACCAGUGAAAAGUGAUUGUUUGUACAGAUGUAAUCCUAUAUAUCUUUUUAUUUUUUAAGUGCCUUUUAAUUAAAUCGUCUGUAAAAAAGAUUUAUUUAAAUUAUUAAGUAUAUACCAAGCCGCGUCCACACUGGUAGAAAUCUGUCACAAGCAACAUUCACUUAAAAAUUUUGUGUGGACAUUCUAUAAAUUUACAAGUUUUUAUAUAUAAAUAAAUUGUGAUUAAAUCUACUGAAACCCACUUUGUAUCUUUUUAUAAUAUAUUUAUUAUUAAUUAUAUAGAACUACGUUAGAACUGUUUUUAGAUUACGUCUCUGAUUAUAUUUUCGAUACUCUUUUUACUCUUGUGGACGUGACUUUACACAAUAAAUCUGUGUAUAUUUGAAUUAGCUAUUUUAUUGUUGUAUUUCGAUUUGUAACACAAACUAGCUCUAUCGUGAUUAUAUAAACGUGUUAUUUACUCCUAUUUAUUUAUUAUUGCAGGUCACGUUUAUGGUAUAUUGUUUUCUUCUUAUAUCUGAAUCAGAAUGCAUGUUGUACUCCAAAAUUUGGAAGUUGUCUGUUUUGUUAUAUCUUCAAAUUAGUUCAUUAAUUAUUGAAUUCAUUUUAUUAAUAAACAUUUUGCUUUGA